UGUAUAUAUAUACUAAAUGUAGCGAACGGGGAUUAUCGACCUGAACAGGCCAACACCCCAACCUGGCCAAGCCCACCCAUAUGUUAUUGCGGGCUGGGCCCGGCCCAGCCCGAUGGGUAACUAUAUAUGCCCAUGCCCGCCCAUUUGUGCGAGUGGGCAGGGCGGCUCGGUUUUGUGCAGGUCUAGCCUCAUCAAUAACGUGUAUAUACAUACUUAUUUUAUAUGUCAAAGUGAGGCAUAAAAAACAAUCUAUAUCUUCUAUUACCAAUGAUUCUGGACAGGUAGUGACAUCAAAUGAAGGGAUUGGGGAAGCUGUUAUCUCUUUCUUCUCCCAUCUUUAUUCUUUAGACCCUAAUAUUGAAGCUGAUGAGAUCCUGCAACACAUACCCAAAAUUGUGAGUAAUGAAGAUAACUACAUGCUUAUGAAGCUGCCUGAGAGUGAGGAAAUUAAAAAUGCAGUAUGGGGCCUUAAUCAAAAUGGGGCUCCUGGUCCUGAUGGAUACAAUGGUAAGUUUUUCAGAAAAUGUUGGGAUAUUGUGGAUCAGGAUAUGAUUAGUGCAGUGCAGGAGUUCUUCUUGGGCAUUUCUAUUCCUCAAGGUAUAUCUAGCAGUCUGGUGACCCUUAUUCCCAAGGUGGAUAAUCCAUCUACAUUUGGAGACUUUAGGCCUAUCUGCCUCUCUAACUUUGUGUCCAAGGUUUGUACUAAAGUUUUAGCUGACACACUGUCCCUAAUUUUUCCUAAAAUUAUCUCAGCUGAACAAAUUGGCUUUAUGAAGAAUAAAGAUAUGGUUGAACAUAUAUUAAUAGCCUAGGAAAUGAUCCAUUCUUUGAAAAAGAAAAUAAGGGGUUCUAAUGUUAUUGUCAAGCUUGAUAUGGCCAAAGCAUUUGACAAAAUAUCUUGGAAGUUCUUGGAAGGGGUCUGAUAUUCAUGUAAUUUCCGAUUGUAUGUUUGUAUUUUUAACUAGUUUUUAUUAGUUCUAGUUGAGGAAAUUACACACUUUUGGUGUAAUACUUUAUUUUCAUAUUUAUUUGUAAUUUGUUUAGAUUAGGACUUUUCUGAGCUAAACAGGUCAAAGAUCAUCCAAGGGAUCAAGAUUGGACAUUAAAAGAUCAAGGAAAGUGCAAGGAGGCAAGAAAGAUUUCGAUUUGGAAAAAAUACUCAUGUACCCGGUCGGGUAUUGCCUAUACCCGAUCGGGUAUUUGCUUGAUUCGAUUGUCCAAAUCAAAUCCGGGAACAAAUGAUCAUGGGAGCAAGAUUUCGUUAAGAUUUGUCACAUACCCGAUCGGGUAUGCCGACAUACCUGAUAGUCCAUGUUUCUG